CACACCCACUCACUUACAUCCUAAGUUUCUUAACUUCCUCUCACUCCUUAAUUCCACUUUUGUAAAAGAGGAAAUUUUCCCUAACUCAUAAGGAUAUGGGUUCUUCCCAAAAUAUUUUCUUCUUACUUCUCAUAUCUUGUUACGUCAUCACACUUGUCGCCGCACAAGACGAGUCUGGUUUCGUAGGCACGAUAGAUCCUAAGUUGCUUAAAAAGAAAGUAACUACUAGCCAUUUUAGAUUCUACUGGCAAGACAUAGUUGGAGGAAGCAACGCUACCUCUAUUCAAAUCCUACCACCACUCCCCAAAUUUAACAACUCGUUUAGUGCUUUUGGUUUGGUUAGAAUAAUCGACAACGCUUUGACUUUGACCCCAAACGUGACUUCGAAGUUGUUAGGAAGGGCUCAAGGCAUUUAUGCCUCUACCUCACAAACCGAACUCGAUUUGCUUAUGAUUCAAAAUUUUGCCUUGUUUGAAGGAAAAUAUAAUGGGAGCGUCAUCACCAUCUCGGGAAGGAAUGUCGCGAACAAUAAGGUUAGAGAGUUACCUGUGAUCGGCGGUAGUGGUGUUUUCCGGUACGCUAAGGGAUAUGCCGAAGCUAGCACAAUCUCCUUUGAUCCCUUAACAGGGGAUACUGUAGUUGAAUACAAUGUCUAUGUUACUCAUCAAAAAUUAUGAUAUGUAUUGUGGGAGAUUUUUUUUUUCUUUUGCUUUUUAAUUAAUUUUUGUAACUGUUUUUUGUUUUCAAUUUCACAUGUCUUAUGUAUCAUGAAUAAGUUGUGAUAAUCCUCAGCUUUGCAUGCUUUUCAUAUGGGGGUUGAGCUCUUGAGCUGAGCCCUUUGGUUAUUUGUGUGUAAUUGUGGAUGCCACAAUGAUUUUGAAUAAUAAUUUAUAUUAUUGGAUAAUAUUUGCUAA